AUGAAUACUGUAACGUCAUGUUCCCUUCUGUUAUGCUUGAUGGUAAUAACAGAAAGUUGCAUGCGAACAGUUCCACCGGAUGAAGCCUAUAUUCCUGUCACCAUGGCUCCUGAUGAAUGCCUGGACAUCAAAACUUCGCCGUGUGGAGAUUUGGAAUCGUUGUUUGAAAGUAAGUCCAUUAUCCAUUUUCGAUUUUCUCUCUCCAUUAUCGUUUUCUCUCUCACACCCGUGGAGCACGUUGAGAAAGACGGCUGCGAAGUGUUAACUUGUCCCGAUAACCAAGUGUUUCUUGCACUCUCUUCUUUUGAUAAAAGUGAAGUACCACGGCCAUCUGAAGUGCCGGAAACCCAAUCAUUUCAAAUCACCUCAAAAUUGACGGGAACCGAUGGUGAGAGUAUAACUGACCUUUUGGGAAUCAUUUGUGAUGGCGAUAAAUGGAUGAUCACGAAAUAUCCAAUUGGAUUUGCUGCACCUCCUGCUGGUUUAAUUGGUGCAGAUGGUUCGAUGGAUGGGAAAAAAUCUGAAGUUUUAAAGUUGGCGUGUGCUGAUAUUUCCGGAUAGGUCUAUGGAUGGAGAACAAGUUACUGGAUUAUUCAUUUACAUUAUUCUUGUUCUGCGAAUAAACAAUUUUUGAAACAUGU